GUUGCAGCGGUCGCUGCAGAGGAGAGGGAGCGAAAGGUAGGAGGCUGGCGAGCCCUAACACUCUGGUUUUCUUUGAAUGCCUUGGCGGUCAUCCUGAUGGUGGCAGUGGCAGACCACGUCGUCGUCCUGAACGAGGGCAAUUUCGAGUAGGAGGUAGGCAAAGGAAGAGGCGCGCUUGUGGAGUUCUACGCCCCCUGGUGUCGACAUUGUAAAAAGCUUCCUCCAGAAUAUGAGAAACUUGGAGCAACCUUUAAGAAAACAAAAUCCAUUUUAAUUGGAAAGCUAUGAGGGUGCCUGGACUGCAGAAGCCCUUGUUGAGUUUGUAAACACUAAAGGAGGUACUACUUGGCCCUAAAUUUAAGUGAAGUCUUUUAGGUUUCCAUCUUUCUACAUACAUGUGUUUGUGAAGUUUAUUGUGGUCUUAUAGUUGGUCAGAGGUUCUAAGCAUCCAUUCAAAGAUCAUGGAAACAAGCAGACCGAAAAGAAAAAAAAAAUCUGAGGUUGUGUAGUGUUAAAAUCUUUUGUUGUAAAUCUGAUGUUCUUCUAGUUUGGUAUCCUGCACGCUAGAAUCUUAUCUUUCUUUUCUAUCUGUAUAGAUCUUGAGAAGUCCGGUGUGUAUCUAUUUAUGUGUAUACGCUACAUGCAUGCAUGAGUGCACAUGUAUAUGUGUAGAAAUGUAAAUGACUUGAAUACUCCAAAGUAGAAUUGUUCAAACUUCAUUUAUUCCAAUCGUGACUCAAAAGAAAAUAAGGACUGUUUUGAAGCCAGAAAAAGGCCAGCUUGUGCUGGCUAGUUCAUGGAGAAUGCAUUGUUUCAAGAAUAUGAAAUAACCUUAUCACCAAAUAUGGUGCUUGCAGGGUUGAACAUUCCUAACCAUUUAUUCUACAACCCACACUAAACCAUGUGACACAAGUUAUGCUUUUUAAGAAGUUGGCAUGUGUAAUUCAGCCAAUCCAAUUUAUCAUAAUCACUUAUAUAAAUUCCACACACACUUUACAAGAAGUGCAUGAGUAACUUGUCUCAUUCCUUGCUUCUCUAUGUUUAUGAAUGAAUUUGUGUUGCUGAUGUGUGUGUGUGCGCUUCCCUAUUUCCUUUUUUUUUUUCUGGUGGCAUUUCUUCUCCCAUCGACCAUCGUCUUAUGGGUUCCCUGUUUGGAAGCUGGCAUUCUUUACAAGUUUAAAACUUAUUAAGACCUUUUGUUAUGCCAUAAAAUAAACAGAAAAAUUAUUGGUGUUGCCCGAGUUAAUGUUGUCAAACCAUAAUUAUAGACUGUAGAGCAGGUUGGAAUGUUUGGUUGGCUUGUUUCUUGUUAGUAUCUAUCACAAAGACGGCAAGCUAUGUCAAUGGGUGUGAGGCGCAAAUGUGUUCUUGCGGGUGCCGGCAUGGCACAUCUCAAAAAACUUGGGUGAGGGGGUGUGACAAGAGUAUAUAUACAAAUAUAUGUAUUUAUAACAUAUAUAUAAUUAUAUGGUUUUUUUUAGCUUAAUCUGUUUUUUUUUUUUUACUUUUAUUACUGUAAAUAAAGAAAGAGAGGGAGAGAGAACAGAAAAAGAAAGAGGGAAAGAAUGUUAAAAGUGAACUGGAGAGGAUGCGGUUGGUGUGCAUGUCGAAGCCACACCUACGUCCGCACCCGCACCUGUGUCACAUCGAUGCGAAUGCUGCUCCUUUUUUGAAGAGACCAUGUGACAUAGGUGACAAGUGCCAGCACUUUUUGAUGCUUCCUUUGAAGGUCGGCUUGCCUUUCUUGUAUAAUGAUUGAGGUUCAUGAGGUUGGCACAAAAAAUUACAAAGUUGAAUUUAGAAACUUGUGGUAUUGUUGCUGGUUCAUGAUUGUGUUAGUUAACUUCAUAUGGUUUACACUGCACUGUUUUUUUUUUUUCUGAUUGUUCAAAAUUUGCAGAAAAAUCGAAAAUUCUUUACUACAACAUUGAUAAUUCCGAAACAAGAGACAACAUCUGUAUACCGUAAGACAUUCUCGAGCAGGAUUGAAAUUUUUAGCCUAUCUUGCUUUUUGAUAUCUUCAUUCUUCUAUUAUCACUAACUAUGAAGUUGCUCUUGUGCCCUUAAGUGUCAGACAACCAAUGAAGAAGAAAUUUUUGAUGUGCAAGGCUGUUGAAGCUCAAAAAAUAAACAGGAUGCACAGCUCUCUCGAUUAGUUUUAAGUCUACUCAGCCACGUUAAGCAAUAAAAAUAAAAUAAACAGGAUGCACCCCUUCUUUUGUUUUGAUUUUUGAUUUUGUGUUUUAUGUCUCGAAGCUGGUUGUAAGUUAAACUGCAAGUAAAUUUUGAUACAGAAAGUUUAUUGUGCCUAUUUUCAGAUUAUGCUUCCUGAGGCGAUUGCAAUAGUUAUGGCACCAACUCAUGUUUCUAGGAGGGCGACCUGCCGACUUGGGUGAUGUGCUCUUCCAUUAUCGUGAAACGUCAUAAGACUCAUAACAACCUCCCUACUUCCCUUUAUGAUACGCAGUCAUCUAGGCCCCGACUCUGGUCCUUCGGACUCCAGGCCGGAAAUGAAGCUCGGUUGAAAAUUCCGCCAAACUAAACGUCGGGAAGUAACAUCCCAUGGUGCCGCUGCUGGCUGUCGUUCGUCUUCUGCGCAUUGCUCCUCCGACUUUUAUUCUCCUUACCAGAUCUCCGUCUGAUGGAUUGCUACAAAUUCCGGGCUCCAUAUUCCUUCUCCUGCAAUGCUCAUUUCUUCCCACUCCUGCUUGCUUCUCCUGGACAAAUGCAGUACCUUGCUCCAGCUGAAGCAGGCACACGCACAGCUUAUCACGCUAGGCCUUGCCCGGCACGCCAUAGCUUCCGGUCGCGUCGUUGCCGUUUGUGCACUCUCCUGCUUCCCUGGCGGCCUGGACUAUGCGUACUCUGUGUUUAAUGACUGUAGAAUGCCCAAUUCGUUCAUGUGGAACCAUCUGAUUAGAGCUCACGUUCAGUUAAAGGAUCAUGAUCGUGCUCUUUUGCUCUUCAAUUCGAUGCGUAGGCGCGGUUUUCGGCCCGACCAGCAUACUUUCCCCUUUGCGAUCCAGGCCUGCUUCUCUCAGUCUAUGCUUCGGAUAGGAAUGGCGUUGCAGGGGUGCGUUGUUUCAGCGGGGUAUGAGCGAGAUGUUUAUGUGGUGAAUGCACUUGUUGGCAUGUAUGGUGGCUGUGGGGUUGUUGGUGCCGCGCGCCAAGUGUUUGAUGAAACGCCUGAACGAGAUUUGCCCCUUUGGAACAUCAUGAUCCGGGCUUACGUGAGUUCGGGCUCUGUGUGCAUGGCGCGGAAGCUGUUUGAUGAAAUGCCCGAGCGCAAUGUGAUCUCUUGGAGUUGUAUGAUUGAUGGGUGUGUUCGUCAUGGGCUGUAUAAAGAAGCGUUGGGUUUGUUCCACGAGAUGUUGGUGAUGGAAGAGGCGAAACCCAAUGAAGUUACUUUGUCUAGCGUACUCUCCGCAUGUGGGCGACUUGGUGCUCUGGAGCACGGAGAGUGGGUUCACGCUUACAUAGGCAAAUUUGGUAUGAAGAUUGAUGUGGUGCUAGGAACUGCACUCAUAGACAUGUAUGCCAAAUGUGGAAGCAUCGAGAGAGCAGAGAGUGUCUUUUGUGGCUUGAAAUGCAGGGAUGUUAUGACGUGGAGUGCUAUGAUCUCAGGCUUGGCCAUGCACGGUCAUGAUGGAAAGUGCCUGCAAUUAUUUUCGCUAAUGCAGAGAGAGGGAGUUAGGCCUAACGCUGUUACUUUUGUUGGUGUUUUAUGUGCAUGUGGUCACGUGGGGCUUGUAGGCGAAGGCAGACACUACUUUGAUAGCAUGUGGGAGGAGUUUGGGAUAUCUCCUUUGAUUCAACAUUAUGGUUGCAUGGUAGAUCUCUAUAGCAGAGCUGGACUCGUGGAUAAGGCGUAUGAGGUCAUAAAGAACAUGCCUAUAGAGCCUGAUGUCCUCAUAUGGGGAUCUCUUUUGAGUGGAUGCAGAACCAGUGGAAAUAUUGAAAUGGCUGAAUUGGCAUCGAGAAAAGUGAUCGAAUUAGAUCCUUUAAAUAGUGGUGCUUAUGUGCUUUUGUCAAAUAUUUAUGCAAAAUCCGGAAGAUGGGAUGAUGUCAAAAGUAUAAGAAGAGUUAUGGAAGAGAAGGGGAUAAAUAAAACACCUGGAUGUAGCUUAGUUGAGUUGGACGGAGUUGUGUAUGAAUUCUUUGCAGGAGAUGAUUCACAUCCUAUCAGUAUGGAGAUACAUUCAAUGCUAGAAGAGAUCAUGAGAAGGUUAAGAAUGAUCGGUUAUGUAGAAAACACUGCAGAGGUUGCACUAAAUUUGAACGAGGAAGGAAAAGAGCACGCUCUGCUAGUUCACAGCGAGAAGUUGGCCGUCGCAUUUUGUUUUGUCAGUACUCCCCCAAGGACACCUAUCCGAAUUGUGAAAAAUCUACGCAUCUGUGUUGACUGUCAUCUAGCUUUUAAGCUUAUGUCUGGGGAGUUUGACCGAGAAAUUGUCAUCAGGGAUUGCAACCGCUUCCACCAUUUCAAAAAUGGAUCCUGCUCUUGUAGAGAUUACUGGUAACUAGCGUUUGAGCUUAAUUCUGGAGGUUGUUGAUAAUCAUUGCUGGUAGUUAUGGGAAUUAAUCAAGUUGGCAAAGCUUAUUAUUUUUUCCUCUGAUUGAGCACUGGGGUUGGUUAGCCUAUAGGCGUUGUUUGACAUCAUAUGAUCCGUUCUAAAUUAUCGUAUUCUUGAGAUGAGGAGGGCCGUGAGAUGCUGCCUAUCAGUUAUGCUUGCAAGGCAUCGCGCUUGUUGAAGCCACAGAUGUCAGGAAAUAAUUCUGCCAAAUGCCAAUGUGAAUGUUGCCUAUCAGUUAAGUGUUGCACCGGUUGAUGUUAUCCUGCUUUUGAGCGUUGGUCUUAAUGUCCGCCAAUGCCCAUCUAUGUGAACGUUAUGCAAUCAGCUUGGGAUACGCUUGUUCGAUAGCUUUCUGCUAAGUUCUGCGGUUAUUCUGAUGGCCGAAACCUGCAAAUUUGUUCCUUCUAGAUGCCAUGCACAGGGUUCAACAAUUUGUAGGCAAGUGCAAUCUAUCCAGAACUGCAGUAAACUGUGUUUAAUGCUUCGAUUUGUACAAUACAACUUAUUUUCUUCAAUUUAUAGUUACCGAGGAUGCAUCUCUUACA